AUGGUGCCUGGACCCACAGCCAUGGAGCAGUCUGGGGAGAAUGGGAAAGAAGGCGAGGAAGUGAAAGACGAGCAUGGAGAUCCAGGAUUUUUCUCUAAGUUGCCUCCCCCUGAAAUUUUGGGAAAAUCUCUUUCUCAGUUUAUUUUUCUGCCUCUCAUGGAUAACCUUGAGGCUCAAAACUACGAGACAUUUGAGAAAGAUGCAGUGAAAUACAUUCAGUACCAAAGGGCAAUUUGUAAAGCUUUGCAAGAUAGAGUUCUUGAAGAAAAAGCAUCAACACUAACCAUUGUAUUGAUGGUUGUAGGAGCAGGGCGAGGACCUCUUGUCAGGGCAUCAUUGCAGGCUGCUGAAGAAACUGGCCGCAAGCUUAAAAUUUACGCUGUGGAGAAAAAUCCAAAUGCAAUUGUUACACUACAUAGCUUAGUCAAACUAGAGGGCUGGGAAGACACUGUUACCAUAAUUUCUAGCGAUAUGCGUCACUGGGAUGCUUCUGAGAAAGCUGACAUUUUGGUUAGUGAACUCCUAGGUUCUUUUGGUGACAAUGAGCUUUCUCCUGAGUGCCUAGAUGGAGCCCAGAGGUUUUUAAAGGACGAUGGGAUUUCAAUACCAUCUUCGUACACAAGUUUCAUUCAACCGGUGACGGCUUCAAAGCUAUACAAUGAUGUAUGCCGCUUGCCCUUAUCUUAUGCACUUUGA